AUGACCGCUGCCAAAAAGCAUAUCCCGAUCGUCAAGAAGCGGACCAAGAGGUUCAAUCGCCACCAAAGCGACCGCUACAAGACAGUCAAGGCGGCAUGGAGGAAACCCAAAGGUAUCGAUAACAGAGUUAGAAGGCGCUUCAAGGGACAGGCCGUCAUGCCCUCGAUCGGUUUUGGAUCUAACAAGAAGACCCGCCACAUGAUGCCUUCUGGGCACAAGGCAUUCCUUGUCCAGAACACCUCCGACCUCGACCUCCUUCUCAUGCACAACAAGACAUAUGCUGCCGAGAUCGGCCACGCUGUUUCAUCCCGGAAGCGUAUCGAGAUCAUUGCCAAGGCUAGGACAUUGGGCGUCAAGGUCACCAAUCCUAAGGGAAGGGUUACGACCGAUGCUUAAAUGGGUUGUUCUGGAGUUUUUUUUUCUUCUUUUCCCUUUCCCCUUUCCUUUUUGUUAUCAUACAGGGAAUUCAAAAAAG